GCCAGUUUUCGUGAGUUGCAUUCACUGACAGUAGGAAUCUCCACCACUAGGAAUAGUGCCGUGCUGAGUUAUCCCCAUCCAGCGUUUCUGUGCCACCAGAGUUUAGUCCUGUCUUGGUUUGUGUUUCAUAGUCAGGUCCUAGUUCAUGUUUCCUAGUUUGUCUCCUAGUCAUCAGACCUCGCUGCAUGUCUUUUGGAUCCUGCCUAGCCUAGCGUUUCUGUACCGCUGCCCUCUCGAACUGCUUACACACCGUGUAUGACCUCAGCUUGGAGUAAAACUGCGCCUAACCUCAUUCCCUCGUCUCGGAGUCCUGCAUUUGGGUCCAGCCCCGCAGCGGAGGGGCCCGCGCCGUGCUCCAAGAAGAGCCUGUCCCUCUCGCUGCCGGUGCCCCGCGAAGGGCAGGCGACCCUGAAGCCCCCGCAGCACCUCUGGAGGCAGCCGCGCACCCCCAUCAAGAUCAAGCACCGCGGCUACUCCGACACCGACCGCCGCCACCACCAGCGGCACAUGGAGCGCUCGGACGCCGUGGACACCGGCGACCGGCCCGGCCUCAAUAAGUCGCGCAUGUCCUGGCCCUCGUCCUUCCACGGCACCACGCACGCGUCCAUCGGGAACUGCGUCGGCAAUAGACGCUUCGAUUCGGAGAAUGGCCCCUCGCCGGGACGCAGUCCCAUGGAUUCGCAGGCGAGUCCUGGCCUGGUUCUGCACCCGUCUUUCCCGCAGAGCCAGCGCAGGGAGUCCUUCCUGUACCGCUCCGACUCCGACUACGACACGUCCCCCAAGACCAUGUCGCGCAACUCCUCCGUCAACAGCGAGGGGCACGCCGAAGACAUGAUAGUCACCCCUUUCGCUCAGGUGUUGGCCAGCCUACGAUCCGUAAGAAGCAACUUCACCAUCCUCGCCAAUGUCACCACGCCCACCAACAAGAGGUCGCCCGUCACAAGCCAGCCCGCCGUUCCCCAAGCGACCCUCUCUGAGGAGACGUACCAGCAGAUGGCGCGAGAGACUCUGGAGGAGUUGGACUGGUGUCUGGACCAGCUGGAGACAAUUCAGACCCACCGCUCGGUCAGCGAGAUGGCCUCCAACAAGUUCAAGAGGAUGCUGAACCGAGAGUUGUCCCAUUUGUCAGAGAUGAGCCGCUCAGGGAACCAGGUGUCGGAAUACAUCUCCACUACCUUUCUAGAUAAGCAGAACGAGGUGGAGAUUCCGUCGCCGACCUUGAGGGAGCGGGACAAGCCCAUGUGUCACAUCAGCGGCGUGAAGAAGCUCACGCACAGUUCCAGCCUUUCCAACUCCACCUUGCCUCGCUUCGGCGUCAAGACGGAACACGAAGACGCGCUAGCCAGAGAGCUGAAUGACUUGAACAAGUGGGGCCUUAAUAUCUUUCGUGUGGCAGAGUUCUCGAACAACAGACCCCUGAGCUGCAUUAUGUUUGCCAUCUUCCAGGAGCGAGAUCUACUGAAGACCUUCAGGAUCCCGGUGGAUACGUUCGUCACCUACGUGAUGACGCUGGAGGACCAUUACCAUGCCAACGUGGCCUACCACAACAGCCUCCACGCCGCAGAUGUCACUCAGUCCACGCACGUACUGCUGUCUACGCCGGCUCUAGAUGCUGUGUUCACCGAUCUAGAGAUUUUGGCUGCCUUAUUUGCGGCCGCCAUCCACGACGUGGACCACCCAGGAGUGUCCAACCAGUUCCUCAUAAAUACCAACUCUGAGCUGGCCCUGAUGUACAAUGACGAGUCGGUUCUGGAGAACCAUCACCUGGCCGUGGGCUUCAAGCUGCUUCACGAGGACAACUGUGACAUCUUCCAGAACCUCAGCAAGAGGCAGCGGCAGAGCCUGAGGAAACUCGUCAUUGACAUGGUUUUGGCCACCGAUAUGUCCAAACACAUGAGCCUGCUGGCAGACCUCAAGACCAUGGUGGAAACCAAAAAAGUGACGAGCUCGGGAGUUCUGCUGCUGGACCACUACACUGAUCGGAUACAGGUGCUGAGGAACAUGGUGCACUGCGCCGACCUGAGCAAUCCCACCAAGCCCCUGGCCGUGUACCGACAAUGGACGGAGAGGAUCAUGCAGGAGUUCUUCAGGCAAGGCGACAAGGAGAGGGAGCGAGGGAUGGAGAUUAGCCCCAUGUGCGACAAGCACACAGCCUCUGUGGAAAAGAGUCAGGUGGGCUUCAUCGACUACAUCGUCCAUCCUCUUUGGGAGACCUGGGGGGACCUGGUGCACCCCGACGCCCAGGACAUCCUGGACACCCUGGAGGACAACAGGGACUGGUACCAGAGUACCAUCCCCCAGAGCCCGUCGCCUCCCCCCGUGAGCCAGGACAAGGAGCUCACCGCCUGCGCGGACAAGUUCCAGUUCGAACUCACCCUCGAGGACGGCUCUCAGGCGGAGUGCGACGAGGGCGACCCGGCACCGUGCCCCAACCACGUGGAGCAAGACGGCCACGGAGGGGCCAAGGAGGGCGGCGAGGAGGAGAUCGAGGACAUCAUCGAGGAGGAGGAGGACGACGACGAGGAGGUGGCGAUGGAGGAAGAGGAGCAGGGCGAGGAGCUGAAAGGCGAGCUUCCCAAGGGAGAGAGACUUUCCGACACGAGUCCUGUAGAGGAAGAGGAGGAUUCUUCUUCACAAACUGACGACACAUGAGCGUCGCACUUUGUACCGCGGGGAUCCUCCUCACUUGCACACGUGACCUAUUUUCGUCUUUUCACGAGGCCAAAACCCAGAACAGCGACAUUCAAUAAUAAUAAGACUUCAGUGACGAUACGGACCUUUAAAUCUUAUUUUUCAAAAGAAAAAAACAAACAAAAAAAAGGGAAUCAAGAGGAGUUCAUCACACAGCAACUGUAGACGUGACGUCGUGAGCGUUGGACAAGAUGGCGUAGCACUCUGGGACCGGAAUGCACACAAAUAAACACGCAAAGUCAGAAUUGAAUGCGGCGGUGCGACGCGUGCGCACGCGUGCAUAUAUGCAGAAUAAAUGAGCAUUGCAGCCCCCCCACCACUCGGGCUGCCGUUUCCCUGCAAACACA